AUGUCACUGCAACUGAUUCAAAGUUUUGAUUCUUGUGACGAAGAGAAUAGUGAUUUUUCAUGUUUGAGUGUGCAGAAGAAUGUUUUGGAUUUAAGAUACAGGAACUUAGAGUUGAGUAUGGAAGGACCGAGGAUGCUUGCCAAAAUUGAGGACGGUAUAGUAGAAUUAAAGACUAAAUUGGCGGCAUCAGAGGUACUUAUUAAUGUUUAUUCAACCAUACUUGAGAUACAUAAGAAAUGUGAAAAGCAUAAAUUGAGGUUGUCGACCAAGCGAACUCAAAAAAAAUUCAUGAAACUACUAUCGGAAAAUACUGAGUCAGUGAAGAGGAUUGUUAGCAUGAAAGAAUCAAAUCAAGGCUAUGAAUUUGAGAUGGAACCUGAAUCACAACCUGAUCUUGAAAAGAGUAAUUUGGAAGAGGGAAUUACCAAUGGGACAUUAAAUCCAAAGAAGAAGAAUAAGAAAAAGAGAAGUAAAAAGCAUAACGCAUGA